GUCAUGGACGUCGUCACGCAUUGGACCUCAACCGCGACGACCAGGUCCAGGAGUACCCUAUCUACCUGAGGGGCUGCGACCUGUCCACCUGACCACAUAACCAAAAAUAAUCAUGUCAGAGCCAGACUUUACAGCAGAUAUUCCUGUCGCAGAGCCGCCGUCAAAGCGGCGCAGGGUGCGCGAUGACAGUACUGAUUCCCCAGAGCGCUACGGGUCGCCCGAUGGUGGACGCCCCAGCUCCCCGCCAACGAAUGGUCACCUUACGGAUCAGAAGCUCUCCAUCCGGCGCGGACGACCAAGCAGCCGUUCCCGUAGCAGAAGCAGAGACAGAAGUCCCAUAGUGGAUGACGACGACAGCACAAGGCGGUAUCGUUCCUCGCCAUCAGUCUCCCAGUCGAGGAGAUCUCGAUCGCGCUCUCGCUCCCGCCGUCGCCGCCGAUCACCAUCACGUUCACACCCUCGAAGCCCUUCUUACUCAGACUCUCGAUCACGAACGCGAACAGAAUCCAUCUCCCGCAGUGGCUCGCACUCCCGAACCGGAAGCCGAAGCCGAAGCCGAAGCCGAAGCCUCUCAUCAACCUCGCGCCCCGAACCAAGAGCCACCCGCCAACCCCACCAUCAGAACCCUCGUAAUUCGUCACCCAUCCGUCCCAACUACCAACCGCAUCUCCUCCUCCGGGGACACGCGCGCGCCGUCUCCCAAGUGCGCAUCUCCCCGGACGGCCGCUGGAUCGCCUCAGCCUCGGCCGACGGCACCGCCAAGAUCUGGGACGCGGCCACCGGCGCCCACCUCAACACGCUGGUCGGCCACAUGGCCGGCGUGUCCUGCCUUGCCUGGUCACCCGACAGCAACACGCUCGCGACGGGGUCAGAUGACAAGGCGAUUCGGUUGUGGGAUCGCGUUACCGGCAGCCCGGCGCAUGCCGUUGGGCAUCGCGAGACCGCUGGGGAAACACUACUCAGAGCGGCAAAAGGCGCAGCGAGGGGCGCAGGAGGGAGGAGGGCGCGGACAGGUGUGCCUGGGGAGGGCGUGAGAGGCGGCCGGACCGGCCGCGGCCCGUUAUUGGGGCACCAUAACUAUGUUUAUUGCCUGGCUUUCUCGCCCAAAGGGAACAUCCUGGCCAGCGGGAGCUAUGACGAGGCCGUGUUUCUGUGGGAUGUGAGGGCAGGAAGACUUAUGAGGAGCCUGCCGGCGCACAGUGACCCGGUCAGCGGGAUUGACUUUUGCCGGGACGGAACGCUGGUGGUGAGCUGUUCUACAGAUGGGUUGAUCCGCAUCUGGGACACCUCCACCGGCCAGUGCCUGCGCACGCUGGUGCACGAGGAUAACCCCGCCGUCACCAACGUGUGCUUCAGCCCGAACGGCCGAUUUGUCCUGGCAUUCAACCUCGACAGCUCCAUCCGACUGUGGGACUACGUGUCGGGCUCCGUCAAGAAGACCUACCAGGGCCACACGAACAAGGGAUUUUCGAUUGGUGGAUGUUUCGGCGUGAUUUCCGGAGCCGAAGAGGGCACCAAAGAGGAAGAUGGAGACGAUGGCAGCGCCAGACGUCAGGCCUUCAUAGUGUCAGCCAGCGAGGACGGAGAUAUCGUCAUGUGGGAUGUAGGAAGCAAGACGGUGCUGCAGCGAAUCAAGGGGGCGCAUGAGGGGGUGUGUUUCUGGGUCGAUGUUCAUAGGGGCACCAUGGUGAGUGCCGGGCAGGAUGGUCUCAUCAAAGUGUUCCGGCAUAGAGCACGGGGCGGACCUCUGAAGCGGGAGGACGACGAAGCGCAUGGCGUGAACGGCGCCAAUGGUUACGCACGCGAGGGUGUUACUCUUGAUGCUGCUGCGGCCGAUGACGAGCUGCAACGGCAGGUUGAAGCCGAAGCCGAGUCCCCUAGACAGCACGUUAAGGAGGAGCAGCUGUGACCCCGGCAGGGUCAUAUGUUAGACCAUUAGAUCCUACCUGAGCAUCCUGGAGCAUGCAUUAUGAUACCAUUUCCAUCCUCGACCGCAACACGAAGCGCCACCCAUUCCUUAUGAUUACUUCCACCGGGCCCUUG